AUGGGAGAGAGAGGGAUAAGUCACAGAUUUAGGGUUUUGCUUAAGCUUCAGAGUUGGUGGAGGAGAAGAAGCCGAAGGGAGAGAGAGAUCUCUAGAGUAAGAAGGAUCAAUGGCAGCGGAGGAAGAGGCACUGUGAAGGAGCCCUUGGAUCUAAUCCGUCUCAGUCUCGACGAACGCAUAUAUGUCAAGCUUCGUUCCGAUCGUGAACUCCGCGGCAAGCUCCAUGCUUAUGAUCAGCAUUUGAAUAUGAUUCUUGGGGAUGUUGAAGAAAUAAUCACAACUGUUGAAAUUGAUGAUGAAACUUAUGAAGAGAUUGUUCGGACAACAAGGCGAACAGUACCUUUUCUUUUUGUCAGAGGAGAUGGUGUCAUAUUGGUUUCUCCUCCAUUGAGGACAGCCUGAUAGUCUCUUUAUAAUCUGAAGUCUUGAAUUAACAUUUGUUCCUUCGGCUUCCAGCAGGAGUUCUACUUUUGUCCAAUUUGCCAUGUCCAAAGCAGCAGUCCUGCAGAACUAAUUAAAAUCAGAUUUCUCCAAUUUCAUCUGAGAAUUUUUCAAAUUGUUAUAUUGAAUGAAAGAGACCCACACAAUGUUAGCUGUAGCCAGGUUUUGCAAUCCAUCUGAACUUGUAAGUGAAACUGAUAAGUUCACUGCAUCCAUUGAUCUAACAUACAUUGUCAAUUUAUAUGUUUUCCCUUGUUCUAUAUUCUGCAAUAUUGAACAGAAAUGUAUGCAGCAAAUUGAUGAUGAAAUUCAGAUGGUUUCUCAUUAUAAAA